AUGAGAAGCAUAAUCCACAUUUCGUUUUCCUUCCUCGUCCUGCUGAUACUUAAGCGUGAGUACAAAUUGGCUAGUGGAAGAAUUGUGAGUCACACACUUAAUAAUUUAACAACCGGUUCAGUGGGUAGCAACUGUUCGAGUGAUGAGAAGGGCAUCGGAGAAUACAAAGCAUGCAAUGGUGAUGUGGAGGUGAAGGAGGACAGUUCCAGGAAGAAUGUGUUGGACGCACAUGUGGGGAAGGACGGAACGGAGGAAGGUCCCUUGGAUGAGCAGGGUGACAAGGACGUUGUGAAAAAUGAGGUGCAUGAAGAAAGUGUGAACUCUGCGGAUCUGGUAACCCCAGGGGGCGAUGAUGAGUUGAACGAUGGAGAAGUAGAUGGUGAGGAAGUGGACACUGAGGUGGAAGACGAUGAUGAGGUAUACACUGAAGUGAUGGAUACAGACGUGGUGAACGUAGCAGACGCCGCACGUACUUCCAGUUAUAAUGAUGAAAGGGGUAGUUACUAUACGAAGAACGAGGAAGAAAAGAGGAGAGAUGCGUCAACCCUUCAGGGGGUUCACGAAGAUCAGGUCAACAAGAACAACUUGGUGGAAAACAGGGGUGAUGACAAUAGUGAGAGGUUCUACCUGCAUGCGGGAAGAGAACCAUCUCCAAUGGAAGAAGAAGAAGAAAAUGACGAUGAUGAUGAUGAUGACGGAGACUACCAAAUUGGCGAUGAUGAAGACGCCGAAGACGAAGCGGAAGAAAGGGAAGAAGCAGAACGCUCAGUUCCAACAAGUGAUGCCAAGGAAAACGAUCUGCUCAUAGAGGAUUAUAAAAAUACGAAUGACAUUAAGAAGGAAGCAAGUACUUUAGUCGAAACGAUGAUUAGCAUGCUAGAUGAAAGCGGAGAUAAUGAUGAAGUAAGAAUGUUGGCCCAAGACUUGAUUGAAUUUUUCACCACUGAUUUAAACACCCAGAAGGGAAACUCGCCAUGA